AUGCGUGAGGUUAAUAUGCUUAUGGAGAGGAAUGAGAAAUAUAGAAGUAUAAAAUUCGUCGACAUAAGUUCCAAUGAUUAUUCUCCUGAAGAUAAUCAAGGGCUUGAUUACAAAACAGUAAUGGGAACAAUCCAUGCGAUUCAGUCUAAUGGAAAUGUGGUAACUGGUGUUGAGGCUAGGGGUAGGCAUUCCGUUAUACAGUUCGGUUUGGAGGCAUUUAGGAGAUUGUAUGAAGAGGUUGGUCUUGGAUGGGUUUACACUAUCACCAAAUAUGAACCAAUAGGGAAGGUGGCUGAUGCUGUGUAUGAGUUCUGGGCUAAAUAUCGACUUCAAGUCACAGGGCGGCCAUCUAUUGAAGCUAUUCUUGAAGCAAGAAAGAAAAAUAAGGUCGAGACAUGUGUUGAUAGCAAGAAGUGCAAGAUGUGA